GAAGUUAGGAGUGUUACUAAGUAAUGCAAGUACACAAUAAAUUUGCAACAGCUCCUAUGUUAAUACACCUUAUUGUAUAGAACGUAACUGUCUUAAAAGGAUUGAAAGUCAUAUUACAGCAACUGAAUUGGUGUUUUCAAACUUUGGUAAAGUAAAACUGCUUACAUUUAGGCAAUCAUUCAGGAAUAUUCAGAGUGAAUUAUUAUUUUAUUUAAGUCUGAACAUAUAGCAAAUCAAAUCACUCUUGAUGUCAGAGAUCCUAAUUUAAAGGACUCGUGUUACUCUGAACUAUACUAACUCGCUGACGUAACGAACCCAAUUAAUUGAAUAAAUUUUGUGAUAAAUCUUCAUGCAUCACAUAAUUUCCAGUAGCAGUGGUAAACUGAGUGAAACUAUAUAAUUUGUGGUUUUAAGUAAUUUUAAAGUUAUUUGCAUGUGAAAUGUGCCCAACUUUAAUCCAGCAGAUUAGCAAAAUCCAUUCUAAUAAAGUCUGGGUUAAAUAUUAGGUGUAGUUUUGCAAAGGCUAAUAAAUGUUGUAUUAGAUCAUUUAUGUGUAAAUGCCUAUGUAAUAUUCGUUAUAGCAUAUGUUCUUAGGCUGAAGAUCAAUGUUGAGCAAUAGCUAAGCUGUUGUCUUUGCUGUUAUAAACAAUGUAUAAAAUUUAUUUUAUUAUUCAUCUCAAAUAUACUUGGUUAUCAUAUGUUUUAAAACCGCUCAAUAACUAAUUAGUUUACUCAGUUGAUGUAUCAACUACUGAUGCAUAGCAAAGUAUAUAAUGUGUAUGUUGUUAUGCUAAGCUUGGUAUACAUAUUUGAUAUUGGUUUUUCAUUACCGUAUACAAAGGGGGGGGGGGGGGAACCCAAAAAACACUGGACUGAGAGCACGCUGCCAUUUGUAGACAUAGUAGAUAGUUCUCCUGCUACAUGGGGUUAGUAGAUACUUUCACUAAACAGCUGCCCAGAUGGAGUCAUUUUGUAUGUUAUAGUUUAAUCGUAGUCUUGUUUUUCUCUUACUGUUCUUGUGUGCCGCCUGUGAAGUAGUAAUGGCAGUUUUAAACAAAGUGUGUUUUUGAAAUUUUGUUUCCUGUUUGAAAAAUCGGCAAUGGAAGCUUGAAAACGUUGAAAACAUCCACCAAAAAAUCAAUGAGGAUCGUCAUCUCACGAUCGAUGAAAUUUCAGAAGCAACAGGAGUGAAUUGGAGCUAGUGUCAGCAGAUUUUGACUGGGAAAUGAAAAUGAGACAUGUUGUCACUAAAUUUGUUCCUCUCCUUCUCAAACAGGAUCAAAUAACAUUUGAUUGAAUUUGAACCAGGACUUGAAAAAAGAGAUUGAAAGUGAUCCAAUUUUUUUUGACCAAAGUCAUUACAGGUGAUGAGAGUUGGUGUUAUGGGUGUGACCCAGAAACCAAGCAAGUGUCAAGGCAGUGGAAGACUCCCAACUCCCCAGAUAAAAAAAAAAAAAAAAGCAAAACAAGUGAGGUUGAAUGUUAAGACAAUGAUCAUUGCCACUUUGAUGUUCGUGGAAUUGGUUUCUCCUGGCCAGACUGUUAACCAGCACUUUCAUUUGGAAGUACCAAUACAUGAGGAUGUGCAGAGGAAACGCCCAAAACUUUGACGAUCAGAGAAUGAAUAAAAAUCUAAAAGGGAAGCGUUUUGAUGAAGUAGAGGCUGUAAAAACAGCUUCGAUAAGGGCACUGGAGAAUAUAAAAGUUGAAGAGUGCCAGAAGUGCUUCAAACAGUGGGAAAAAAGACUUGAGAAGUUGACGGCGACUGAAGGAAUUUUGUUAAAAAGUUCAACAACAGGCAUGUCCGCUGCGGGCGACACGGAGGUGCAGGGCUUGUACCGCGACUGCGGGGUGCUCGUCACCGGGGCGACGGGCUUCUUGGGCAAGCUGACCAUAGAGAAGAUCCUCCGCAGCUGUCCCGGCGUCAGGACGGUGUACGCGCUCGUGCGCCCCAAGAGAGGUCUCUCCGUGGACCAGAGGAAGAAGGCCCUGCUGGACAAUGUGGUGUUUGACCGCAUGAAGCGCGAGCGGCCAGACUCGGUGGACAAGAUAGUGUUCGUGGCUGGAGACUGCUCUAGUCCUCGCCUGGGCCUCAGUGACUCGGACUACCACCACCUGACCCAACAUGUCAACAUCGUGCUGCACCUGGCCGCCACGGUCAGGUUCAACGAGCACUUGAAGGUGGCGGUGGACACCAACGUGAAGGGAACAAUAGAGGUUAUUAACCUUUGCCAUAGCUGCAACUCUCUCAAGGCUGCAGUGUUCGUGUCAACUGCGUACUCGAACUGCCAUCAGAAUUUGGUCAAAGAAGAGUUUUAUGAUCCACAUUUCACUGUGGAAGACACUGUCUAUCUGCUGCAGAACAUCACAGAACAUGAGCUGGAGCCACUGUGUGAAAAGCUAAUAAGCCCUUGGCCAAACACAUAUGUGUUCUCUAAAGCGGUUGCUGAGCAUGCCAUCCUGACACAGGGAAAGGACCUACCGGCAGUUGUUGUGAGACCUUCCAUUGUGAUUUCUACAAUCAAGGAGCCACUCUUGGGCUGGGUGGACAACAUGUAUGGGCCAAUCUCCAUCGCUGUGGGAGUGGCCUAUGGAAUUCUGCACGUGAGUUACACAAACGAACAUGGACUUCUGCACAUCAUCCCAGCUGAUAUGGUCACCAACUGCAUAAUAACAUCAGCUCUGACAGCCGACAAAAGAUCAGAAGAUAUUCCUGUGUACAACAUAGCAAUGCCAGCAAGCAACCCUGUUACUGUAAAAACCUUCACGAACUCGUUGUAUAAAGUAGCGCACAAUUUUCCUUUGAAAUCAGCAAUCUGGUACCCAUUCGUCAUUUUUGUCAACAACUGGAACGUCUACUUGUUCCUGGCCUUCUUCCUGCACUUCCUGCCGGGGUGUCUACUGGACCUGGUGCUUCGCCUCAAGGGGAAGAAGCCAAUCAUCUUGAACAUCUACAAGAAAAUACAGAAGCAUUUAAGGCACACAAAUUACUUUACGAGACAAAACUGGAUAUUCGCUUGUGAAAACACCAAAAAUCUGUACCAGCGACUCAAUACCCGAGACAAAGAGCUGUUUGCCUUUGAUCCAGAUGCAAUAAACUGGGAUGAAACCCUCACAGCUGUGGGAAUAGAAUCUACUAAAUAUCUGCUGAAUGAGUCACCAAAUGAUUUAAACUUUUCAAGGACUAAAUACAAAAUGUUUUAUAUAGCUCACACUUUGCUCAAGAUCGUGCUGUGGGGUGUGGCAAUUUACACUUUAAAAUUUCUCCUAUACAGUUUUUAUGAUAGAAAGACUGUUUAAAGCAUAAAGAGAAAACUUAAUGUUAUUUAAAGAACAUAUAUGUGUUGCUUGAUUUAACGUGUUGCAUGCUAAGAAUUUUUUUAUCAGCAACGCUUUAUGGUACUAAGUGUCACUUUGAUGUCAAUGUGUUUAGAGUAAAGGUGAUUACAAAACAUUUGUUAAUGAUUUGAUGAAAUAAAUAAAAAAAAUAUAUAAA